AUGGUUUCUUCGUUCCAUGUCACCGAGGACCAUCGUAAAAUUGCUCUGUACGCAGGUGCAGUGACGUCGGCAUUUACAUUUGCGGAGUUUUGCGCCGGUGUUUUCUGGGGCCGGAUGAGUGACACCCUGGGCAGGAAACCAGUGCUGCUGAUGGGGCUUGUAGGUACUGCGAUAAGCAUGCUACUAUUUGGACUUGCCUCUUCCUUGCCGGUUGCCCUUCUUGCUCGAGCUCUUGGAGGACUCCUAAACGGCAACAUCGGCGUUUUACAAACCACCGUCGCUGAACUCGUUACGGAGAAGGAGCAUCAGGCUCGAGCGUAUUCCAUCAUGCCAUUUGUCUGGUGUCUUGGCUCGAUCAUUGGACCGGCCUUGGGAGGAGCAUUGGCACAGCCAUGCCAGAACUAUCCUGCUCUCUUCUCGGGUAACUCCAUUUUUGCGCAAUAUCCGUUCUUGCUACCAAAUUUAGUGUGCGUUGUCAUAUUGGUGGUUGGAAUCACCAUAGGUAUUCUUUUCCUUGAAGAGACUCACGGAGAGAAAAAGCACCAACGCGACAGAGGUCUCGAAGCAGGCGAGUGGUUGAUGAGAAAAAUUAGAGAUGGGAAGGAUAUAGCAGCGGACGAAACGGACGGGAGGUCUAGGGACUCUACACAUUUCUUACUUGAUGGGUCAUCUUUCGGAUACAAAGGUACCGAAAGUCGUCCCGGCACCAGUUCCUCGAAAGCGACGAAAUCGGAUAACUGCUUUGGAAAGCAGAAUAAAUCGAUUCUCAAAAUAUUUACCCCUCGAGUCAUUUAUAUCAUUCUGGGAUAUGGCAUUCUUGCUUACCACAGCGUUUCUUUUGAUCAGUUGAUGCCCAUAUUUCUAAGCUCGCCAAUUUCUAAUGCGACCGUGGAUCUGCCCUUCAAGUUCCAAGGUGGACUGGGGCUCUCGACAAAGGUGAUAGGGUUUAUGAUGGCUGUUCAAGGCGUGUACGCGAUGAUCGCCCAGCUGUGGUUCUUCCCGUUCAUUGUCCGCGUACUCGGAACACUCAAGACAUAUCGACUUGUCAUGUGUAUUUGGCCACCGCUUUAUCUCCUCGUUCCAUACUUGGUCCUUUUGCCUUCUGCGAUGCAAAUCCCCGCUGUCUAUAUGGCUUUGAUCAGCAAGAUCACGCUGCAUGUAAUUGCAUUUCCUUCGAAUUCGAUGCUUCUUGCGGAUGCAGCUGCCUCCAAGAGUGUCCUGGGCUCGAUUAAUGGAGUGGGAGCAUCAGUAGCAAGUCUAAGCAGAUGCCUUGGGCCAACUUUCACCGGAUUCUUACACUCUCGAGGGCUGGAAUCGGGCUAUUCGAUACUGUCCUGGUGGGUUUGUGGAGCGAUAUGUUUGAUUGGUGCGAUUGAAAGCUUUUGGAUCGAGGACGACGAGCCAGACCAACCUCAAUUAUCCGAAAAGGUUCCGAUCGAAGAUUACGAGGCUGGCGUACAUGUUAUUGAACCAGUCGAAUCACAGGAAGAACUACUCUUUAUACCCCCAUCCUCGAGCGGACCAUACGACUUCUUCAAUGAAUCGUCUGACACUGAUGAUAUCCUAGCCCUUGACCCUAAUGACCAGUGA